GCUUUCAAGCUCAUCCAGCCCGGCAGUGGAGUUUAUCCUGGUUCCACCCACUGGGACUUUCCUAGCUUCCUCCUGCAAGGCGAGGGGAAAAAAAGGCAGAGGCAGGCGGCAGGCAUCCCGGGGAGCUCGGGGAGCCGCGGUGCUCCCUUCCCUGAGCUAGGUUUCUAUUGUAGGCGGUGCAUUCCUCGGGAGGGAGGGUGUGUGUGUGUCGGUGCCUUCCCACACUCCGGGCAGCUCUUAUUUAAUGGGGGUCUCCAUGCAGGGCAGAAGGCAGAGGAGGUUUGGCUGUUGCCAGGCUCAGCGGCAGCUCGCGCGCCAGUUGCCGGCAUGGAUCACAGGGCUGAGAUAACCCUGGAGGAGGCUUCGGCGACCCGCCAAGCCUCCAGGAUGCACAUCAAGGAGGACCUGAGGAGGAUGCGCUGCGCCGUGCUGCUCUGCCUGCUGGCCGUGCUGCUGCUGGCGCUGCCCAUCGCGUACCUGCUGGCCGGGAACCUGCGAGCACCCACCUCCUGCUCCCAGGUCGUGGACGAGAGAGGCUCUCACUUUCUGAAGCAGCGGGCAGUAUCUGCUGUUACAGACACGCUUCCCAGUGCUGAGAAGCCAAGAGCGCACCUGACAGUGAAGAAACAAGAUCCCUCCAGCACCACGGGAAGACAUCUGCCAAUCCUGCAGUGGGAAGACAAGCGAGGCUUGGCCUUUACCAAGAACAACCUGAGUUAUUCCAGCAAUGCACUGGUGAUACCUGUGUCUGGGGAUUACUAUGUCUAUGCUCAGGUCACUUUCCGAGGGCCCAGUGACACUUCAAGUAAAACCAAUUCUGUCACUGCAAUCAUCACUAAAGUCACUGACAGCUACCCCGAGCCCACCCAGCUGCUCACCAGCACCAAGACCCUCAGUGAAGAAAGGAACAACUGGUUCCAGCCCAUUUAUCUGGGAGCUGUGGUUUCCUUAGAGAUAGGAGACAAGCUAAUGGUCAAUGUUAGUGACAUCAAGCUGGUGGAUUACACUAAGGAGCACAAAACCUUCUUCGGUGCCUUUUUACUGUAGGUCUCUGGGAGCAGCUUGUGGAGGCUUCCCUUGAGGGCCCUGGGUUGGUGGUUGCAUGUCGGGGUGCUGGUCUCUGUGCUUCACUCACCUGCUGCCUUAAAUUAAGGGAUGCGGGGAGCUGGAGCUGCAGGCUGAAUGGAAGCAGCCCAAAUGAAAGUCAGACUUAAAGAAUUAUAAGGAUACUUAAAAGCUCUGUAUAUUGGAGAGGAACCUUUUUUACAUGUGGGGUAGGGAUAUUUAUUGUAAAUAGGCUAGACUGCAUCACUAGUUCCUUUUCCAAUAUACCAUUUCUUCAACUGAAGUGUUUUAAACUUUCUCCAGCACUUCCAGUAUAAUUCUGCUUGACCUUUCUUCAGAUUCUUAAAGACAAUUACAAUUAAUAAUUUUCUUACACAUAGAUCAGUACUUUGCACUAAUAUAAAGCCCAGAUUAAUCAUUAACUGCUUGAUUAAUCACUUCCAGUUUCCCUGUAAAGUAGAUUAAAAUUAUGCCGUGUGUUUUGCAGAAGCUACCUGAUUUUCUUUUAUUUUCCAGGAUAUUGUUUACAGAUAUUUAAGUCAAUGUGUAGGCUUUUGCCUUUAUUUAAAGCUUCUAGGGAACAUGCAGAAACAUUUUCUGUUUCAGCAUGACAGUGGAAUCACCCCGCCAGAUCCGUACAUUAUGAAAACAGAAAAAAAAAAAAAAAAGAAACAAGGCAGAGAGAUACGCAGCAACAUUUUCCAUGCUUUUUAAAAUCAGUCACUGAAAUUUCGGAAAAAAAAACUGCAAUAUUUUGCUUCCCAUUCUGUUUCAUGCAAAGCAAAUGCAGCUGAAGACAUUAGUGUCCCCCCUAACGCUUUGCAACCACUGCUACAGCAGUCUGCUGACACAAAGGUCUCCCCAGCCUUUGCCUGGGUGAAGGCUGGCGACCAGUAGUCCAUGCAAAAGGUCGGAGGAUCCAAAGAGAAGCACACAGUGUGCCAUGGCCAGCUACAGAGCUCAGGAACGCUUAGCUUCCCAUCUCGUGCUUCUUUUUCUCAUAGACGUUGCUAUCUCAGGGAAAUUCCCCAGCUUUCCUUCUCCUCCCACAUUAAAUACAUCACUGUCAGUGACUCAAGUCAUGCUCUAGUAGAUUCAGGCUUUACACACUCAACUGCCCGCUGGCCUGUCAUUGAGCACCUACCAGCUGUUUGGCCGGGUCUGCCUAACAGCCAGGCUUUGCUCUCUGCAGCUCUUCCUCUUUCUUCCUUUACCCCAUUGGGCUUCCUCCAUUUUUCACUUUGUGGCCAGAAGUGUCACCAAGAUUGCCUGGCUGACAUUUCCACCCAAAGACGUGGUGUGCCCCAGAAGCACGCUGUUAGCGCCAGGGAGGCACCUAGUGCACAAUCUGGGCUCGUUACUCUCUAGAAAGGGCAGCUCAGCACCCACCACCUUGGCAGGGCUUUUCCCACUGCCCAGAGGCCCCAGCUUUUCUCUUUGCACCAUUGUAAAAUAUGGUAAAAUCACAAGUCCAGGGAAAGUUUAUUUCUCUGGGAAACCCUAAGACUUUCCAUUUUUUUUUUAUUUUCCGGGGCAUUUUCUUGCCACCCCAUACUGAGUCCUUCAGAGCUUCUGAUCCAUUUGUUAUGUGCCCAAAAUUGGAUCCGCAUUCUUGCAGACCUCCAUAGAAAGGCACUUAUGUGACCAGCACACCAAAAUUCAUGCUUUAUCUCACAAAGAGAAGAUUAAAAGUGACCUGUCCAGGACAGGGGACUCUCAGCAACCAGAUAGAAAAGCUUCUGUGAAGUUAUAUAGGAUGAAUUUGGUUGAUCCUUGAAGUUGAAAUGCAAAUUCUAGCUUUACCAAGACAGUUACAGAAAUUCAGAAAGGUCUUUAUUUCUACAAACGAGAUAAUGUAACACUCUUAUGAGGCCAUAAUCCAAUCUUAAUAGGCCUGUAGAACAGAUUUCCAUAAAAACUAUAUUUUAAGUUGUCAUCCCUUACUGCUUGUUGCACUGAAUUAUGUUUAAUGUGGGUUCUAGGGGAGAGGAAUCGUGCAUGCUGUAUUUGGCUCACAAUAAAAGAGCCUUCUAGGGAUACGUAAAUGUACAUACAUAGAUUUGCUUAUAUAGUUAUGCAUACUCCGCAUACAAGUUUUAGGAAGUGCUUUGUCAGUGAGGAGCCUUUUCUGUGACAAGAUGCAUAACUUGUGUCCACUGUACAUGGACGACAAAUUCCACAAGCACAAAAUCGCCUGCAGCUGCAACAGGUACAGAUGGGACAGUCUUGUUCCACUGGCCAUAGCACAAAUGUAUUUAUUAUUAUUCAGACAAAGCAAGCUGUCCCACCCCAUCACAUACACCGGCUUCUAGCACACUUAGCACACUAGCACACUUUAUACAGCAAAAAGUAAUAUAUCUAGCACUACUUGUUUUAAAGUGGUGCAAGCAGAUUAAUCCAAGCACACCUACCCCAGCGGAAAUUUCUAUUUCUCCCUUUUUUUUCCCCCUCUUAGUGCUAAUAAUGCUUCUGUAACAGUGACUAGCAAGUACAGCAGGGAGCACCCAGGGCUGGUUGUGACCCCACUGACUCUGCAGAAGCCAAUGGUACGGCAAUUGGGGUAAAGCUGCUUAAGGGGAAUAGAGGUCAGGCUCAGAGGGAAAGGUCUCAAGCAGACUGAACCCAGGCUGUGGGUGAUCAGAUUUUCCCAAAGCUAAUUAAAAGGAUGGAGGCGUUCUCAGGAAAAUCACCGUUAUUGAGUUAGAAAAAGUUUCUUUCAUGCAAAUCACUUGCGGAGAUGUGAAAAUGUCUGUAGAUCAGCAUUUUCAGUUGAAUGAGGUGACGAAAUGGGGCCUGGUGAGCAAGUGACCUUUCAGCCUGUGGUCAGGCUGAGAAUACGUUUUGUUUUGGGUGGAUGUGAAACUGGGACAGUUGGAAGAAGCACACCAGGCUACAGGAAGAGCUUCAAGAAGGCAGCUUAUGUUCAUGAGCUAAAAAUAAUUGUAUGAUUUCUGGAUUUGGCCUUUUCAUCUCUUGGGAAAAAGAUAUUUAAGCACUAGGCUUUGUUGUUGUUGUUUUUUUUUUUAUGAAUAUUUAUUAACAAAAUACUUUUGUUCUUAGGAUUUCUCUUAUUCUCUAAUCUCUUUGAUCUCCAAAAACUAACACUAAAUGUAACCCAAAUUCCUAAAGCAGUUCACUUACCUACUGCUUCCUUUCCCCUUAAAAUCUAUAUAUUAGUAAAUGAGCAUUGUUUGUCUCCCUCUGGAUUGAAAAGUAAAUCUAAGUCAAGCUAUAAGGGAUUACAGCUCCAGUCUUACCAACAUAUAUGUGUGCCUUACUUAGCCCUAAGGUAAAAAGAGUGCCAUUGUAAAGGCAGCUCAGUUCCCCUUCUUGGUGUACAGGAGUAAAACCAAAUUAAAAGUUGAUAGAAUGUCUUACCCAUGUUUACUCUGAACAACACCAUGACAGGAGCAACCCUCCAAAUGAAGAGCACUCGCACAGACCACCUUCAGCCCAUGUAUGUUGGCAGGAUUGGGGUCUAGAGGUGGAAAGUUACAGGUCGUGUUUCUCAGUCUAACAUCACCCAAAUAUCAUAACAUAGGCUGGUGGGAAGAUUUUGGGCAUGCCAGUUUAGUGAAUGUUAGUUUGAGCCAUCCCUCAGAAGGAGGGGACGCUACCAGGCUACAUUAACCAAAAGGGAUGGUUUAAGAUAUUGUGAUUUUCAACACACACACACAUAAAAAAAAAAAAAAAAUGUAUUUUGCAAGAAUGUUGUUUUUCAACUCUACAUGAUCCAACUGACCACGCUGUGUUUUGUUUUUAUUAAUCUCUCGGGUGGCCCAUCAUUUCAGACGGGAAAUGAGGAGAAAAUUCAUUCUUUAGAAGAAUCAGACAGUGUCAAGAAUUUUUGCCCAGAUCUGGGUAUUAAACGCCAGUAUAGCAUUUUGCUAUUGUAAUGUAUUUUCAUGUAACUGAUUGUAUAUGGUUUUGUGCUUCAGUACCGAUGUGAGCCUUUUAACAGUACAACUGACUGAGUAUUUUGUUUCCAAGUGUUAUGAUAAUAAAGAAAACAACUUAACUAAUUUAA